GUGGGAGGAGCCAGCGUAAGAGGGGCUUCUACCUUUCCGCCUCUCCCCUCCCGGCAGCGUUCGCCAUGGCCGCGCGAGGGAAGCUGAUCGCGGUGAUCGGAGACGAGGACACUGUUACCGGUUUCCUGCUGGGUGGCAUCGGGGAGCUCAACAAGCACCGCCACCCGAACUUUCUGGUGGUGGAGAAGGACACGACCAUCAAUGAAAUCGAGGACACCUUCCGGCAAUUUCUGAAUCGGGAUGACAUCGGUAUCAUCCUUAUCAAUCAGUAUAUUGCUGAAAUGGUGCGACAUGCACUGGAUGCCCACACACGUUCAAUACCUGCUGUUUUGGAGAUCCCUUCCAAGGAACAUCCCUACGAUGCAGCCAAGGACUCCAUCCUACGUCGUGCCCGAGGCAUGUUCACUGCUGAAGAUCUUCGCUAAGGGACAACCCAUAUUACCCUUCCUAUAAUAUUCCACUACUGAAAUGAAAAGGGGGAGGGCUCAUGGUACUUGCCAUUUGUUGGGCCCUGAAGUAAAUCUAAGACAGAAUGAAGACUGGAAAACAUAAAGCCCAGCUCCUUAAAUGUUUCCCUCUUUUGUUCCCUCUUCCUUCUUCUGGUUGAUUUUGUGCUGUCUUUAUCUUAUGUCAAUGCUAAAUUAAAGUUCAUUUCCCCAGGAA